GUCAAAUAUUGAGAUUUGUGUCAGUGUUGUGAGAAAUUAAUAAUGUAGUUUUAGAUCUAUAUAGUUCAAAAUGUAAGGAAUCUUAUGGUUUCUCGAAACUGCACAAGAAGCCCUGCGAAGAAGUACAACGAUCGAUAUUUAUUCGUAGGACACCCUCUAUAUUUUUGGCAAGAAAUUGUUUUCCAUUCUACUUAUAUCUGGAUUACCAAAAAUACAGAUUUGAAAAGCAGAAUAAGUCCUUUCCUGAUGUGGGAGACUAAUUAUGAGGGGUGUUCGUCUCGAACGACGCCGAAGCCGCGUCCUCCAGCGGCACCGACGCCCCGUCCCAACAUCACAUUCCACACGUACGAAUGCCCGCCAGAGUACGCCGCCUGGUACUGCCUCAACGGCGCCACAUGCUUCACCGUCAAAAUCGGAAAUUCGCUCAUAUAUAAUUGCGAAUGUGUAGAAAGUUUCGUAGGUCCUAGAUGUGAAUAUAAAGAUUUGGAUGGUUCAUAUUUGCCAUCACAAAGGAAGUACAUGCUAGAGACGGCGAGCAUAGCGGGUGGUGCAACGAUCGCCGUACUGUCUGUGGUGAUGAUCUGUGCGGCCGCGUAUCUGCACUAUAGGCGGAAGGCAAAACGGGCGCGCGCCGCUCAGGGAGGGGACUGCGUAGACUCCGCCCCCAGGAGGCAUCAACCCACCUUCGGUACCAGGUGGCGAACGACUACGUCGAACGGUGGCGGAGGCGGUCCUCCGCGGCCUGGUCACCCGCACCAUACGUUCCCGCCCCCGAAUACGACGACCCAGACAGGUGCGGCAGUAGAGCAGGAUCGAGGGGGCGGCGACACUCCCGGGCAGGGUUCGGGCGCCUCCAAAGCAGAGGAAUUGAGGCAGGUGACGGCACUGCUGCAGCCGCCGCCGCCGUCGGCCACCGCCAACGCGCCACCUCCGGACGCAGCUGCGCAGGCGCAAGCAACGGCGGCCGCCGCUGCCGGGGAACCUUAGCCGAACACCCUCCAAAAGGGGGCAGGCGGCGGCUGUGAAAUACCGGCGUAAUUAGGUGGGAUAACACGAGACACAUUGAAACCAUCCUGAACGUUUGGAGAAGAAGAAUCCCACCAUAAAGCGGCGAACAUGGCGACGGCGGCGGCGGCAAAAUAGAAAUGCAACGCGAUCGAACAUUUAUGUAAAUGUAGAAUAUGUAGUCGUAUAAAAUUUUUUGAAACCUGAACGGACACGAGCAACAGUGGUGGGUGUACGUGAGUUGAAGGGUGUUCUACGAGGUAACACAAUAUACAAAUAUGUAUGAUUGUUAGCUGGCUGCUACCUAAUAAUAAAUUACCAACAAACAUGACAUAUUUGACGUCUCUUACUACGUGACCAUUCUUGCCUUGCGUUUAAGCUGGCCACACAUGCUUUAGCUAAAUCGGAUUAUUUUGCGUGUAGGGCCAGCUUAAUGAAUGAUUCAUAGUAAGUGACAUGUUAUAAAAGAUACGGAUGUCAUUGAAGAUGCUUACAAAAUAGUGUAUGGUAACCACUUAAGUUUUGAAACUUAUACUAAUAUUGUUCAAUCCUCAUUGAUUCAAUUGUCUAGUAAUCAAAAAUAUUCCUUAUGUCGACAAGACAUAACUCAUAUAACCUCUUCAUUUUCGGGUCAUUUGAAUUACUCAGAAUUACUUAAGAAACACGUUUCUUUUUUCGACCAAGUGUACAAAAACUUUUUUAUAGCUAUACUAAACGUUUCGCAGUUUAUGUGAAAUUCUUGUAUAGAAUACUUACAAAUUUGACUAUAGACUUUCAGCCCCCUGAUAUAUUUAUCAUUUACCAAAUAUAUUAAUUAUUUUUGUUUCAUAAAUUAAUAAUGUGUUCUUAAAAACAUUAUUCCUCAAGGUAAUUUGAUCCCAGAAACAAAUUGCAUUAAUCUGUAUACAUUAAAAGGUACUAAUAGAUACAGUUUGUGUUUCAUUAACUCGUACACGGAAACAUUAUAAACCAGGAAAAAACUCAAGAAAAUCAAAAAAAAAUAAAAAAUGGAAAAAAGCAUAAAAAAAUACAAAAAAACAAAAAAUGAAUUGAUGGAGCCAAUUUGUAUCAAUUGUACUUGGUAAUGUAACUAAUCCCUUUACAUCCGUUAUUAUUUAUACUUUUGGAAAGGAAAGUUGCUGUACGUAAUAGUCAUAUUGCAUCAAAUUACGUUUCCAAAUUAUCCAAAUGGCAUUUUUUUAAGCUUAAUCGUAAUACUUUUCUUACUUAAGCCCGUAAUAUUGAAAUUUCGCGGUAUAAUAACUAAAUCGUAGUAUGUGAAGUUCUGUAAAAGUUCGUCAUCAAAGUUACAAUGAGUCUGCUUUCUGUCUAAGCAUUCAUUGCCAACUAAAAAACAUCAUACUGUGUUAUCAAAUUUGAAAAAAUAGAUAAUUCUCGAGUUGAAAGCUUUUCGAUGUUUGCAGAACCUGUACGCAUUGUAAUCUGAUAAUUGUACUUUUACGUGCUAUACUACACACAGUGAAAAACAAAUAGUGAUUGUUGUUCACUAUCAGUCGUCUGAAAAUUCGAUAUUUCAUCUUUUGCAUCUAUCCUAAAAUUAUUUCUUGGAUAUUUCAUCUGUUAUUUAGAAAAAAAAUGGCCCGUUUCUGUGCAGCUACAAGUGCCUUUGCUGCUCGUAGCCAUAUCGUAGAAUUGACCGUUAAAUUAAAUGCUGGAUGGAUCAUUUCAUGAAAUGGUCAAUUUUGCGACAAAUACUCUAACCUAAAGUGACUCGUGUGUUUUCUAUGACAUGUGUACCGAAAUAUAUAGAAGUUUCUACUGGUGAUAUUAACUUAUCAACAUUCUCGAUUACAUAUUGAAUUAUGUAAUUUGGAGAUUGAUACAGUAACAACUUUUGGUAUGUAAAUUUAUGAAUUUGUAACGCGUGACUUACACCUUGUUUUUUAAAUUUUCAAAUAAUUAUUACUUAUUGCUGUAGUUGUCUGAUCGAGAUAUAACUGAUCUGUUUAUAGUAUUGGCAACUCCCAUUAGGUGGCAGCUGGAUAACAGAAUCUGUUUAUUUCUUUAUUAUUAACAAAUAAUAAUGAUUCGAGCUUGCAUCCGUCAAAAAUAAAUAAUUGUAAUCAAUAAGCUUGUAUAUAUUUUUUUAAUGUAAGUGUUAUAAGACAUUGCAAUAAACUAUUUAAAAAAUGCUUUUUGUGCGAAAUAUUUGGGUUUGUUAAAAAAUGUAGCACCCUUCAUAAACCUCUAGAGGGCUUUGUCAAUUAAACGUUACGAGCUUACUAAAAACACUAUAAUAAUAAUAGAAUUAUAUUAUUAGUACUAUUAUUAUUGAAGUGUGUAUUUAUAUGCAGCAAUUUGUAUGCACUAGUACAGCUCUAUGAUCUGUCGAACGUACUUGACACAAAAAUCCAUAAUAAAAAAUUGGUAAUGUUAAUUAACAUUAAUAAUAUUUUAUUUAUUUUCUUUCUACAGUAUCUGUGUUAGACUUCUUUCUAAUCAGUUACUACUGUAUUUUUAUUCGUAAUAUAUAUAUAAAUAUAUUUUCUGCAGCGGUAAUUGACAAUGGCGACAAAAUUAUAGUUAAGACCUGUAGUUUGAUCCGAUUUCUGCAACAUACAUCACAGAAAUAUGAGAUUUUGUACAAGUCAUACUACGUUUGAAAUAGUAUAUUUGUUGCUUAGGAUGUGAGCAUUCUUACCCAGGUCUAGUAAAAGUAGUAGUUGAGUUGAGAGAGGCGAAGUCAUACAAGUAGGCGACCUUUGGCCGUUUUCCCGUCCCCGAAUGUACCAACACUUCACUCCAUGUAUUAGUUCACUAAUCUGUCGAACCUUCUUGAUCUCCUAAUAAAGGCCAGGAUGCCCUACAAUUCCGCUGAGUAAGCAAUUUUAGCGUCAAACUCCAUGGUCCCGAUUUUUGCAAAUAUUUUGUGUGUAUGGUCGCCUUAAAGUCGCAUAAGAAUGGUCGUAUCGUAAGCGGCAAUUGUUUGGUUGAUUGUGGUUGAUUUCUACAAUUAUUUCAUGAAUUUUUUUGUAAAAUAAUUUAUUAUGUGAUGUAAUCUGAAAAAUGACUGUAGAAAAGUACGUUCGUGAAUGAAAUCAUCUUUGAGAUUUUGUUAUUAGAUUAUUUAAUGUUUCCUAGUAUCUACUUCAGUAUUACGUACUAUAACUCAGCUUCAAUGUGAAUAACUCCAAGAUGUUUUCCUUCGCACUUGGCUUGUGGUGUGUCCAUUUUUUCCUGUAAAUACUUUAAUUCAGAAAUAGGUGAUGUUACAGGGCCUUUUUUUGUACAACUACUCUGUCUAGGCGGUGCUAUGUACAUCGCAUAUUUCUUUUUGAAAAUAUGUCGGACAGUCAUUGUGCUAUACGACACCUUAACCAUUGACAAUAAAAAGUAAAUUACUAUAAUCAGUCAGUUUUAUUCGUUAGGAAAAUUGAUUAUUGCAUACGAAAACACGAAACAAUAGAAGUAGAGCAUUUUUUCGUGUUGUUUUAUUGGUUACCACGUCGAUAGCGCAGUUAUUUAUUCUAUGAUGUUCUAGAAAAGCAGUGACCACAUGGCAUCGCCUGUUCUUAUUGAUAUGGAAUUUAAAAACAAUUGAUCUGUAAGUGGUCGUCAUUGUCAAAAGUACUCCAAGAUAGCGAUGACUGUAACAUUCUCGUAGGAAAAAUACUGUGAGUGAUGCUCCAAAUUAGGGAUGCACCGAGUAAGAACUUUCAUUAAACAGGCCGAACACCGGGUAUUCGACUAGAUCCGAGUACCGGGUACUCAAUUUAAUUAGUAUCAGUGAUAUUGUAUUUGAAUUGUUGUUCUCCAAAUUGAUUUACUAUUGCAAGAAACUAACGCACUACACAAAGAGGAGCUACGCAACUGGUACUUUUUUGUGAGUGAAACGGUAUAGGUUAGUGUAUUUACGGUAAUUUUGUAUUUUGUUAUUUAAGUAUUUAAAUCACUGUGCAAUCCAGCAGCUGCAAUUUUGAUAUAAUUUAACAUUACAUUAUUGAAACAUUUUAUUUGUGAUACACUUCAAUCUUUUCUAUUCCAAAAAUCAUCUCAUUUUUACAACAAUAUUAACAUGAUAGGUAGGUAAUUUUCAGUGUAAGUUCAGACUUAUGGAACGGAACACUCAGUCGUAAAUGGAUGCCUUAAAUUCAAAGGUAGGUGACGUCCGGCCCCAUGCAGCCCAAAUUUCGAAAAUACCUGUCAUACCAUGGUCAUCACGAAGAAACUCACGUUAAAACUACUUAAUGUCAUGACAGAACCAAUUCAAAUUUGGAAAACUUGUAAAUUAUCUUACAUUUCUAAUUUUGCUGCGAUUUGUUUAUUUUGACCAGGCAGCAAUGUGGUUUAGGUGUAAACAGCCACACCUUGUAUAUAAAAAGAAAAACUGUAGAAAUACCGUAAACACACUAGCUUACUGGAGAAGACGAAGAUUGUCUACAUCGACCAAAAAAUCGUCCAAAUCAAGCAACUGAUUCUGGCAAAAAUGUGCUGUAGCCUUUAUUUUUAAAUUGUUCGUUAAUUUUUGGAAAAAAAUUCAGAUGGGUCGGGUAAAAGGCAUAUAUGCUGGGACACAUUUGUGUAUGAGUAAUUUAAUACUCCGCGAGACCGGAUACUCGGUAAAAUGCACCGAAUAUGCCGAGUUCCAGGUACAAACCGAGUACACUCGGUGCAUCACUACUCCAAAUGACGGUAGUCAUAACCUUGUUGGUUCUUUAAUCGGGAUAUAAAUUUGCUAAGUGUUACUUUCAUGUCUUCAGUGAAAUUGUCUGUUUCUCCUCAUGUGAAAAAUUUGCUGUAAUAACUUUCUCAUACAUCUCAACAAUCAAAACAUGUUGAUCUUCCCCAUAUUUUUUAGCGAAGAUUUGUCUCCAAACUAUUUCCAUAAUACUUAUGUUCUGUUGUGUGUUAGGUUCCUUUGUUGUUGUGGAUAUAUAUUUUGUGACACUGUAGUCUGUAAUGCGUCUUUUUAAGAAAGUAGAGCUGAAUCCUUCACUUACCUGUAAAUCUAUUUCUCCAGUUGAUUUGAUCUUAGUCGAUUAUUUUCUUAUGUGAAGAUAUCUCGUAAUUUUGUAUCUUCUGUGGGUACUUUCUCGGUUGUGACUAUUGGAUUUUGGGUUGUAUAGUAAACAGUGUUGAUUUGUAAGUUUGCAAGUCUGAGUAUAAUAAGUCUGAAUUUAAAUAUAUUAUUUAAACAUUUUUCCUUCUCCCCUUGUAAAUAUGUACCUCUCCGGAGGUAUUUUAAUAUGGAAAUUUGUAUAAUUCAUGUAUAUUCUAGAAAAUGCUUGCGAAUUGAAGGGAUUUUAAAACGAAGAAAUUUGUCAGUUUUUACAUAACUAUUUGUGUCGAACAUUCCUAGGUGUAUUUGUUAGAAAGAGCCUCGCCGACAUUUUGUUAUAUUGUUGUUAUUUUUUCACGCGAUCUAACUUGUGCCACUACCAAAAAAUCUUUUUUAUACCGAAGUGUAUGAAUAAACGAUAUUUUUGCUAGCUGGUGCUAGUUAAUGUAUAAAUGUAAAUAUUUUCUAAUUAUUCCAGUACAUCUUGGUAUUUUUUCCUUACUAUUGGUAAUAAAAAAGCAACUUAAUAAAUGAUAUUUAUAAGCACUUGGUUCCUAAUUUAUUGUUUAAUGUUAAAAAGUGUAAAGUAAUGGCGAAGCGGCCUCCGUUAAGGUUUGUCUCCAUGUGACAGUCGAUAUUUCCAUACUAUUUUCACUUUAUAAACAAUUACAGACAUCCAGCCGAAAGCUAUUUUACAUGAAAUCUUUUACUAAAAUUCCUUGCACCGAGUUAUUUCUUGGAGGUUGAAAUAAUCAUGAAUAACAACAAAUUGAGGAAAAUAUGCGAUACAACGAAAAAGCAAAUCGUAUUUGAUUAAAACAUUCUUCAUAUUUAUUAGAUCUUUCCUGAAUUUUAACAAAUUAAAAUGGAAACACUAACCUUGAUUUGUUUCAAACUGUCGGUAUGAUAUUGUCCAAUUGUAACACCUACUUGCAUUAUUUAUUUAACUAUUAUUUACCACUGUAGUGUCAUGGAACUAUCUCGUGGAAACAAGCUUUGUAUAUUUCAAUGUAACCUAUUUAUUAGUAAUUCUGCUUCUCUCUUUUUUGUUCUUUCCCGAUGAGCGAAACGUUCGCCGUUUCGUCUGAACGGUCCGUUUGCCAGUUUUUUCAAUGCUCCAAGCCAAAGUUAAAAUAUUUUAGCAACACCGAGUCGAUCUGUUUUGUUUAUUUAUCAUAGAGUAUUGUUAAAAAGUAUUCGUAAGUGUUGCUUCUCAAGUAUUAAUAUUAUUUAAUGUAUUCUUUUGUGUCCAUUUUAUUUUGACAGCCCUUUUUAUCAUUUUUCGUCUAGGUACCCCUAUGUAAAUUUCAUUGAAAAUAUGUUGGAAUACUUAUUUGUUUAUUAUUUUCACAUAUGUCAUAAAAGUAAUAAA